UUCAACUCUGUUUUCAAAAUUUCCUUUUAUUCUUUCUGCAACAAAUCGAAUCAACAAUUCCAUCGUUCUAAGGAGCUUUCUUCGGUGAUUCUUCAAAGUUUUAGUAAUCUGAUCACAAUGGUCUGGAUCUUCUGGUUUCUCUUUAAUUGAUCACAUUCCCUCAAACCAUGGAGAUUCCACUCGCGUUUUAUCAGAGCUUAAGAUUAGACGACAACCAGAGUAAUACCCUCGAGUCUUAUCAUUACUCCAAUCCCAAGUUUUCCGAUUUCCCGCGGUUUUCUGGAUACGAUUUCUCGCUCCGUCGAAGAAGAUGGAAGAACCCAUUUGCGAGAAUUACUUGUUCUUCUCUAGCUCAAGGUCUGAAACCAAAGCCGAAGCUGAAACCGGAACCAAUCAGAGAAACCGACGGCGACCACUACAAAUCGAAAGAUCCGGUUUUGGAUGAUACCCAGAUCAGGAAAUCUUCCGUCGGGUUAUGUAGUCAGAUUGAGAAGUUCGUCUUGUGUAAUAAAUUCAGGGAAGCGUUCGAAUUGUUUGAGGUUCUGGAGAUUCGAGGUAGUGUUCGUGUUGGGGUUAGUACGUACGAUGCUUUGGUCGAAGCUUGUAUUCGUUUAAAAUCGAUUCGUUGUGUGAAAAGGGUUUUUGGGUAUAUGAUGAGCAAUGGGUUUGAGCCUGAGCAGUACAUGAUGAACAGGAUCUUGUUGAUGCAUGUGAAAUGCGGGAUGAUUAUAGACGCACGUAGAUUGUUCGACGAAAUGCCUGAGAGGAACUUGUUUUCUUAUAACUCGAUUAUCUCUGGGUUUGUCAACUUCGGUAACUAUUUUGAGGCUUUGAAUCUUUUUAAGAUGAUGUGGGAGGAGCUUUCCGAUUGCGAGACUCACACGUUCGCGGUGGCUCUCCGCGCAGCGGCUGGUUUAGGCUCUGUUUACGUUGGGAAACAACUUCACGUCUGUGCGUUGAAGCUAGGAGUUGUUGGGAACACGUUUGUUUCUUGCGGCUUGAUCGAUAUGUAUAGCAAAUGCGGUGACAUUGAAGAUGCUCGAUGUGUUUUUGAUGGUAUGAUUGAGAAGAGUACAGUUGCUUGGAACAACAUCGUUGCUGGUUAUGCGCUUCAUGGUUUCAGCGAGGAAGCUCUAUGUUUGUUGUACGAGAUGCGAGACUCUGGUGCGUCUAUUGAUCAGUUCACGCUUUCGAUAAUGAUAAGAAUCUCUACAAGGCUUGCGAAGCUUGAUCUCACUAAGCAAGCACACGCCCGGUUGAUUCGGAGCGGUUUUGAAUCUGAGAUCGUUGCUAACACGGCUCUUGUGGAUUUUUAUAGCAAAUGGGGUAGAGUUGAUACUGCAAGAUAUAUUUUUGAUAGAUUGCCGAGGAAAAAUAUAAUCUUGUGGAACGCUUUGAUGGGUGGAUAUGCAAAUCACGGUAGAGGAACGGAUGCGAUUAGCUUGUAUGAGAAAAUGCUUAGAGAAAAAGUUUCUCCAAACCACGUCACGUUCCUUGCUGUUCUAUCAGCUUGUGCGUAUUCUGGUUUAUCCGAACGGGGAUGGGAUAUUUUCCUAUCGAUGGGUGAGGUUCACGGGAUCAAACCAAGGGCAAUGCACUAUGCCUGCAUGAUUGAGAUUUUGGGUAGAGACGGUUUAUUAGAUGAAGCCAUUGCUUUCAUUAGAAGAGCUCCUUUAAAACCGACGGUUAAUAUGUGGGCAGCACUCUUGAAUGCUUGUAGGAUGCAUGGGAACUUGGAGCUUGGAAGAGUGGUUGCUGAGAAACUCUAUGAAAUGGAACCUGAGAAGCUUGGAAACUACGUUGUGAUGUAUAAUGUGUACAACAGUAUGGGGAAAACUGCAGAAGCUGCAGGUGUUUUGGAUGCAUUGGAGAGCAAAGGUUUGAGGAUGAUGCCGGCUUGUACCUGGGUCGAGGUUGGAGAUCAGAGUCACAGUUUCCUUUCAGGAGACAAGUGUGAUUCUUACAGUGAGACCGUUAAAAGGCAAAUAUACCAAAAAGUUGAUGAGCUAAUGGAAGAAAUAUGCGAGUAUGGGUACUCGGCGGAGGAGAAGAACGUUUUACCGGACGUUGAUGAGAAUGAAGAGAAGCGAGUAGUGAGAUAUCACAGCGAGAAGCUUGCGAUAGCUUAUGGAUUGGUGAAUACGCCGGAAUGGAAUCAGUUACAGAUAACUCAGAACCAUAGGAUUUGCAAAGAUUGUCACAAGGUGGUUGAGUUCAUAUCUUUGGUUACAGGAAGAGAGAUGGUAGUGAGAGACGCGAGCAGGUUCCAUCAUUUCAAAGAAGGAAAGUGUUCUUGUGGAGGAUAUUGGUGAAUCAAGAAGUCCAUUUUUUGUUUUGGUUUAGGCAACAACGGCAGAUGUUCUUGAUAAAGAUAUAUGUAUAACACAGGGAAAUAGUGUGAUCAUGUAACGGUUUCUAUUCUUGUUUCUGAUUCUUUUAGCAUUAUCAAUAAAAGUGAAAU